GGAGCGCGGAGCAGCGUGGGAGCGCGGCGGCGGGAGGGGAGGUAGGCCGGGCAAGGCAAGCGGACGUGAGCUGCAGGCGGAAGACAGGUGGCGCCGCGGGCAGCUAGGCGAGAGGCGGGACUUCGGCGGCGCGGCGGGAGGCGGGGCAGGAAGGCGCGCGCGGCGCAGCAGCCUCGCCUUUUGCGGAGAGUGAGCUCUGCCCGCCGUCCCACUGGGGCUGCUUCCCUCCCCAGGCCUCCGCGGAGGACACGUGUCAGCACGUUCCCGCGGUUGUCAUUCCAUUGUCAUAGCCCCUCCCGCAGGCCGGGAACCCCUCCCCCCCAACCCCGGUCCCAUUAUCCCUGGGCCAAACCUCCCAGUCGACCCGCGGUCCAGGCCUCGGUCUCUCUCCUCGGCAGCGAGCCGCGGCCCAGACUCCGGGAGAGGACCCUUGUCGGCACGUUCUCACCCCUGUCAUCUCAGCCCCCUGCCUAGCUCCACCCCAGGCUUGAGAACCCGGCCCCUGACGGCCCAUUGUCCGCGGGCCCAGUCCCUGCGCUGAACGCACGCUCGCCCUUGCCCCUAACCAGCGCGUCUCCCGCGGCAACGCGCAGUGACCUGGGAUGCAGCCCUCAGGCUGGGCGGCCGCCAGGGAGGCGGCGGGCCGCGACAUGCUGGCCGCCGACCUCCGGUGCAGCCUCUUCGCCUCGGCCCUGCAGAGCUACAAGCGCGACUCGGUGCUGCGGCCCUUCCCCUCGUCCUACGCCCGCGGCGACUGUAAGGACUUUGAAUCCCUGCUCGCAGAUGCCAGCAAGUUACCUAACCUGAAAGAACUUCUCCAGUCCUCCGGAGACAACCACAAACGGGCCUGGGACCUGGUGAGCUGGAUUUUAUCCUCAAAGGUCCUGACAAUCCACAGUGCAGGGAAGGCAGAGUUUGAAAAGAUCCAAAAGCUGACUGGGGCUCCUCACACGCCUGUUCCCGCACCGGACUUCCUGUUUGAAAUUGAGUACUUUGACCCAGCCAACGCCAAAUUUUAUGAGACCAAAGGAGAACGAGACCUAAUCUAUGCCUUUCAUGGUAGCCGCCUAGAAAACUUCCAUUCCAUUAUCCACAAUGGCCUGCACUGCCAUCUGAACAAGACAUCCUUGUUCGGAGAGGGGACCUACCUCACCAGUGACUUGAGCCUGGCCCUCAUAUACAGCCCCCAUGGCCACGGGUGGCAGCACAGCCUCCUCGGCCCCAUCCUUAGCUGUGUGGCCGUGUGUGAGGUCAUUGACCAUCCGGACGUCAAGUGCCAAACCAAGAAGAAGGAUUCCAAGGAGAUAGAUCGCAGACGAGCGAGAAUCAAACAUAGUGAAGGGGGAGACAUCCCUCCCAAGUACUUCGUGGUCACCAAUAACCAGCUCCUGCGAGUGAAGUACCUCCUGGUGUAUUCACAGAAGCCACCCAAGAGCAGGGCUUCGAGCCAGCUCUCCUGGUUUUCCAGCCAUUGGUUUACCAUCAUGAUAUCCCUGUAUCUGCUGCUGCUGCUCAUAGUGAGUGUCAUCAACUCCUCUGCUUUCCAACACUUUUGGAAUCGUGCGAAAAAAUAAUCUUUCUGGGCCUGGUGUAGGGGCUACCUCAACUAUGUGCCUUAUGGUAACUUGUUCUGUACCUCCUAUGCCUCAUGUCCAGCCGGGUUGAGCCUAGGGGCCAGUUGGGGGACCACAGGACAAUUUUCAUAUGCCCUAAAUGUAUCGAUUGCCUUUGAUGAUGUUCCCAGCCACACUCCAGUCAACGGGGACUACUAGUCCCUCACUCUUAGGUUUUAGGGGAGCCCUUCCAUCUGCUCCUUCUUAAACUGUGCUAGGGAGUUGGCUUUUCAGCCAGGGCCAAAGGAAAAAGCCCUGCUGCAUUUAAAAACAGAAUGUCCAAGCUGUCAGUGGUGUGUUUACAAUCUCUCCUGGCGGAGGUUGGCCUUUUCUCUAAUGCCUUCUGGAAGGCGGAAAAUGUGGGAACUAUAAAUUACUAGGCGGUUGCCUUGUUUUGACUUGAGACACCCAAAAGGAACAGUCAUGUUUCUCAUAAAAAUCAGUGGGAUCAUUUUUGAAUUCCAUCAGCCUUUGUAUGUGAGUGCAAAACAUUUUAACAGUUUUCUCAAAUCAACAAACAGCCUUCUCCUACAGCUGUACCUACCCCCCUCCCCAAAAAACCAUGGAUGAGAAAGAAAGGAGUCAGGGGCCUGAUAAAAAAUACAGAUUUAAUGAGCAACUCCAGUCAUCUUUUUCUAAAAAUUACCAACUGCUGAUUACAGCUGAAAUGGAACCAAAUGUUUGUUUUCUGAUUUUUUUUUUAAUAGCUGUUUAACAAAUCAGUCUUUGUGAGCUGAGCAAAAGGGGAAAUUUCUAAACCUAGUGUACUGUUUGGCCAGUGUCCACAGCCUCUUUCCUGGCUGUGUUUUAGAGAAAGGGAUUUGAGCUAUAGGCUCGCCUCCUGUUCUCAUUCUCACAAAGCUGCCUUGACUGUGGCCUGCAACCACGAGUGCCAUGCUUUCAGGCCUUCUGUGGCCUACUGGCCUUCAGGACAGAGGCCUGCCCCAGUGUGCCACAGAUCCAUGUGGAUGGAGCCUCCUUCAGAGGGGUCACAGGUCUUUGGGACUCAGCCUAGGCUUUAAUGUGUAGGAAAAGCCUUCUGGCCACCCAGAGAGCCGGAGCCCUGCUUGCUGUAUUCUCUGCUCCCUUCUUCCUGCUGGGUUUUAGCCAUAGUAGAUCCCUGUACGAUUUGGGAGUGAGAUUUCUGUAAAGAAGAAGAAAAAUCAUUUUUCUAUAAUUUGUAAAGUUGUGAAAGAGCCACUACCACAGUUUUUACUUUGAUUAUUGGAACAUUUCAGAAUAAAUAAAGAUAUUUUCUUAAUGA